UAGAGCUAGUCAUAGAGAGUGAGUGGUUAUUAGCGAAGUACAGGAAUCUGAUGUGGGAACAAUAUGGGAUCUUAGAAUCCAAAACAUAUAUGUAUAUACACACCUCAAGGCAGUUGGAGCAAGGGUAAUCAUCGUUUUAUUUUUGUUCAUACAGAAGUAGGAAGCGUGCAACUGACGGUCUCCUUUUGAAUCCUAAGGGACAGUCCUUUAUUUACUUGAUCUGUGCACGACACAGUUCCUCACUCACCAAGGUAUGGUGAACGUCGUGUUUCUCCACCCGGACCUGGGCAUUGGUGGCGCUGAAAGGCUGGUAGUGGAUGCUGCUUUGGCACUGAGAUCUAAAGGCUGCAACAUUCAAAUAUGGACAGCACAUUAUGACCCUGACCAUUGUUUCUCUGAAACUAAAGACUCCGGGAUCCCAAUUGUCUGUGUUGGUGACUGGCUUCCUAGGAGUAUUCUUGGCUAUUUCCAUGCAGUAUGUGCCUAUAUCCGCAUGAUUUAUGUCACCUGGUACCUCAUCUUUCUCAGCGGUGUUGAGUUUGAAGUGGUAUUUUGUGACCAGGUGUCUGCAUGCAUCCCUGUGCUCCGAUUUGCAAGGAGGAGAAAGAAGGUGCUCUUCUAUUGCCAUUUUCCUGACCAGCUCCUUGCAGAGCGCAAGACUGCUAUCAAGCAACUUUACAGGGCUCCCCUAGACUAUCUAGAAGAAUUAACAACUGGUAUGGCUGAUUGCAUUGUGGUCAACAGCCAGUUCACAGCAGGUGUCUUCAAGCACACGUUCAAGUCUUUGUCUGCUCUGCAAGUAGAUGUUCUGUAUCCAUCACUAAAUUUUACUAUAUUUGACACUCGGCCUAAUGAUCUUGAAGGUCUUAUUCCAGAGCACAAAAAGAUUGUGUUUCUUUCAAUUAACAGAUAUGAAAGGAAGAAGAACUUGCCUCUUGCCCUGGAAGCCCUAAACCAACUGCACAGCAAAAUUUCUGCAGAUGAGUGGCAGAAAGUACACCUUGUCAUGGCGGGUGGUUAUGACGACAGAGUUCUGGAAAAUGUGGAGCAUUACAAGGAGCUGAAAGCCUUGUCUGACACACUUGGUUUAGCCGACCAUGUCACUUAUCUUCGGUCCUUUUCAGACACACAGAAGAUUUCCCUUUUACACAACUGUUCUUGUGUCCUCUACACCCCCAGCAAUGAGCAUUUUGGGAUUGUGCCAUUAGAAGCAAUGUACACACGGUGUCCUGUAAUUGCUGUUAAUUCAGGAGGGCCACUCGAAUCGAUUGCUGAUGGUGAGACUGGGUUUCUUUGUGAUCCACAGCCUAAGUUGUUUGCGGAGGCCAUGGAGAAAUUUGUGAAAGAUCCAAUCCUUAAGAAAAAGAUGGGAGAGGCUGGCAGACAGCAGGUUUUAAAACUGUUUUCACCAGAAGCUUUUGCUACGCAACUUUAUCAUUAUGUAUGUAAACUGUCAGAGUAAAACGGACCUCUUUUGUAGAGAUGCUGUUUGUGAUAAAUUUUGAUCAAUAAAUGUUUUCAUAAACUGCA